AUGAAGAAAGAAAUGCUCUUUUAUGUUCCAGAACUCCCUCAAGAACUCAUCUUGGAAAUUCUGUCAUGGCUUCCGGUGAAGGAUCUCAUGCGAUUCAGGUGCCUUUCUAAGACCUGGACUACCCUUAUGUCUCAUCAUGCAUUCGUUAAAUUGCACCUCCAAAGAUCUUCCAAGAACAAGCAUGUUCUAUUAUCUUUCUACCAACAUGACAACGCUGUGGGUAAUCGGAAUAAUUCAAGUGUCGCUGCUGCACCCUGUUCUACAGAUGGUUUACUUGAGAACCCAACUUCCACCAUAAAUAAUUGUAUCCGCCGUUUCAGUGAAACUAGCAUUGUCAUAGGUACAUGCAAUGGCUUAGUUUGCAUAUGCAGUUAUUUUAAGACAGAUGAUUAUAUCAAAUACUGGGUCCGGUUUUGGAACCCCGCCACGAGAAUCAUGUCCGAAGAUUCGCCAUACAUAGUUCUUUUUGACUCUGAUUAUCAAAAUGAACUAUAUUAUCUGAAAUUUGGAUUUGGGUUUGAUGAUUUGAGUGGCAAUUAUAAGGUGGUGAUGAUCCUUUUGGAUGUUCAGUCUUAUAAAAGGGAGACGAGAGUUCUCACCUGGGGCAUUUCUGUUUGGAAGAAGACUUUAAAUUGCCCCCUUUUUCCCUUGCCAGAUCCAGUUGUUGGACAGUUAGUAAGUGGCACUCUUAAUUGGUUAGCACUUAGCAGCGUCGGUAAUGGACCUGAUGGUUAUGAUUGGGAUAUUGUUACUGUUGAUGACUUAGUAAUAUUUUCUUAUGAUCUAAAGAAUGAUACGUACAGAUAUUUGUUGAUGCCUCAUGGUCUUCUUGAAGUCCCUGCUCGUGAGCCUUAUCUUGGGGUUUUGAAAGGAUGUCUGUGUCUUUCUCUUGAUUACAAGGAUACCCAUUUUGUUGUUUGGCUAAUGAGGGAGUUUGGAAUUCAAAAAUCUUGGACUCAGAUUCUUAAUGUUAGUUACGAGUACCAUCAUUAUCCAAUUCAUGCCUUUGCACUUAAUUUCAUGCCUUUGUUCAUGUCUGAAAAUGAAGAUAUCCUGCUUUUGGCAGACGAAGUACGUUCACUAUAUGUUGUCUAUAAUCUGAGAGAUACUAGAAUAGACCAUACUCAUGGUUUCAAUGUCCACUCACAUUUCUAUGUCUCUUAUGAUUAUGUUCAAAGCUUGACUUUGCCAUACUGA